AUGAGGUCUGAGUCUGAAACAUUUACUGUGAACUUUCACAAACAGACUCCACAGCGACAGGACAGCAGAGACAUCAGGAGACAUCAGAGACAUCAGGAGACAUCAGGAGACAUCAGGAGACAUCAGAGACAUCAGAGACAUCAGGAGACAUCAGGAGACAUCAGAGACAUCAGAGGACAGAGGAGACAUCAGGGGACAGAGGAGACAUCAGAGGACAAAGGAGACAUUAGACGACAGAGGAGACAUCAGGGGUCAGAGGAGACAUCAGGGGACAGAGGAGACAUCAGGGGACAGAGGAGACAUCAGAGGACAAAGGAGACAUUAGACGACAGAGGAGACAUCAGGGGUCAGAGGAGACAUCAGAGGACAAAGGAGACAUUAGACGACAGAGGAGACAUCAGGGGUCAGAGGAGACAUCAGGGGACAGAGGAGACAUCAGGGGACAAAGGAGACAUUAGACGACAGAGGAGACAUCAGGGGUCAGAGGAGACAUCAGAGGACAGAGGAGACAUUAGAGGACAGAGGAGACAGAGGACACCAAGUCCUCAUUUAUUACAACUGGACAAAUAG